AACUAGGCUUACCUGACACUUCCUGACGUCGGGCCCCAGCUGUUCGCAGCGGCCGGGGGAUUUUUUUUUGCCUUUUCCAUUAUUAUUAUUUUGUUGUGCGGGUUAUUUUCGGUUUUGACUUCGGAGACUUGCAGCUCUGACGUUGUUUCUCCUCUACGAUUAAACCGUUCGCGGAGAAUCUGCACCGGAUACAGCGCACCGAUUUCGGGGCUCAUCCCCUUCCUUCGCUUUGGAUUUCUGUAAUUCAUCGUUCCUGAAAAAAACAGAAAGAAAAGCGCGGCUGUCGAGGUGCAAGACGGGUACGACACCACCCCCCCAAGAGACUGACCAGCCUCCUGUCUGGAGGAUUUUGUGGAUUUUUAUGUCCACAUCCUUUGGGAGAAGAGAUGUUCUGCAGCUGUGGCCUCUCCCUGCAUGGCUCUGACGUGUAGCAAACCUUUCACUUUCACUAUGGCAGGGUCAGAGCCGGAGUCGCAUGUGUCCACCAGCUGAGGCCGACCUCCCGUCCACUCACAGCCUGCAGGAGAGCAUGUACAAGAAGAAUGGUCUGAUGUCCAGUGUGCCGGCCGCCUCCACCCCUCCAGAGAGCAGCAGCAGCUCCGACUCUCUGGACGGGCGGAGGCGGGACUGCGCUAAAAGUUACGACGCCGUGGUGUUCGAUGUGCUCAAGGUCACCCCCGAGGAGUUUGCCAGUCAGAUAACCUUAAUGGAUGCCCCCGUGUUCAAAGCGAUUCACCCCGAGGAACUCGCCAGCUGCGGGUGGAAUAGGAAGGAGAAGCACAGCCUCGCUCCUAACGUGGUGGCCUUCACGAGACGUUUCAAUCAGGUCAGCUUUUGGGUGGUCCGGGAAAUCCUAACAGCGCAGACAUUGAAGAUCCGAGCAGAGAUCCUGAGUCAUUUUGUGAAGAUAGCCAAGAAACUCCAGGAGCUCAACAACCUUCACUCCCUUGUGUCCGUGGUGUCGGCCUUGCAGAGCGCACCCAUUUUCCGGCUCACCAAGACCUGGGCGCUCAUUAGUCGCAGGGACAAGACCACCUUUGAGAAGCUGGACUUCCUGAUGUCCAAGGAAGACAACUAUAGCCGCAUGCGGGAGUACAUGAGGACGUUGAGGAUGGUUCCUUGCAUCCCUUACCUAGGUAUUUACCUUCUGGACAUCAUCUACAUCGACUCGGCGUACCCGGCCUCGGACAGCAUCAUGGAGAAUGAGCAGCGGUCCAACCAGAUGAACAACAUCCUGCGCAUCAUCUCUGACCUGCAGGUGUCCUGCAACUACGAUCACCUGAUGACACUUUCACAUGUGCAGAAGUACUUGAUGUCGGUGCGAUACAUUGAGGAGCUGCAGAAGUUUGUGGAAGACGAUAAUUACAAGUUGUCCCUGAAGAUCGAACCCGGGAACAGCUCUCCCCGCCUGGCGUCAUCCAAGGAAGACCUCGCAGGCCCCUCAGAAGUGCUGGCUUCAGUGAGGUACAGCCGAAGACCGACCUGCCCAGAUGCCUCCGUCGCAACCAACCUGCCCACGCCACCAGUGGCCCGGCACAGGAAGAGCCACAGCCUGGGCAACAACAUCAUGUGCCAGCUGGGUGUGGUGGAAAGCAAGAGUGCCACUUUCCCGACUGAGAAACCGCGCCACCUGCUGGACGACAGCUUCCUGGAGUCCCACAGCCCUGCAAGGAACCACAUGCUGAACCCUAUUGUCUCAAACGGGGUGUCUAUAGGUAGCAGCGAGAGCUCAUUUAGUGAAGACCUGUCCUCAGGGGUGGAGAGGGGCCGCUUGUAUGCCACUCUGGGACCCAACUGGCGGGUCCCCGUGCGGAACUCCCCGCGGAGCAGGAGCUGUGUCUACAGCCCCAUGGGCACCUGCCCCAGCUGCUUGGCAGGAAGCACACAGGGAGUCAUCACCAUUGAGGGGCCGCUGAGACGGAAGACCCUGCUGAAGGAGGGGCGCAAGCCAACGCUCCCGUCCUGGACCCGCUACUGGAUCACGCUGUCCGGCACAACGCUCAUCUAUUAUGGAGCAAAAGCACUGAGAGCAACUGAGAGAAAGCACUAUAAGUCCACACCCAGUAAGAAGGUGUCUAUUUCGGGGUGGAUGCCAGUUUUGCCAGAUGACCCUGAACAUCCGGACAUCUUCCAGUUGAACGACCCAGACAAAGGCAACGUUUACAAGUUCCAGACGGCUUCGCGCUUUCACGCAAUACUUUGGCACAAACAUCUGGAAGAUGCGUGCAGGAGCUUCAGGCCACAGAUACCUGCCAACCUUAUGACCUUUGAAUAAACCCAACACAAUGAUUUGGGGAAUGAAGUGCCAAACACGUACCCGCUGGAGAAACGGAGAGCAAGAGACAUAAAGACAAAAGAAGAGGAAGAACGCGGUGACUCGGAACUCCCGGCCGGGACGCACUGCACUUUCGGUUUUUCAUUUUUAAUGGACUAGUUCAACUUUUCGAUGUUCCUGAUUUUACUAAAGGUGAACCUGCCAUGAGUCGGACAACUGCAGGACUUAAGGAGAGCAGAUGUGAACGUCUCCCUGCGCUGUUUUUUUUUUAAUUUAUUUAUUUGAUUUUUUCUUUUUAAUAAUGAUCUGCGAGUUCGACUCAGAGACCUUGAAUGGAGUUUCGUGCCCAAAUUGACUCGGUAUUGUUUUGUUAUGUUGAUCUACGUAACCAAACGAUGUUGUUUUAGCCCAUGUUGGGUUUUGGGGGAAAAAGAAACAAAACAAAAACAA